CAAUAUCCUCUCUCAGCAUUGCCUUCAAAGUAAGAGAAGGGAGCGGAGCCCAGAUUUUCCAGGUAAUAGGGGAAUAUAAGACACAGAUGGUCCUGCCAUCAUCACAAAGCUUACAGCAAAAAGGGCAGCAUAACAAGAGCAAACAACAUCCUAUAGUGGAAUUUUAACUACGAUGGCAGCUCAAUUGCACAGUACGUCUUUCAACUUCAGUGAACCCAGGACCAGCCUUGGUGAGAGGGUGCUCAGGCUCCCCAGGCCAGGGCUUGGAAACCAAGACCCCAGAGAUUCACAACUGAGACUUGUCUUAGUGGGUAAGACUGGAGCAGGCAAAAGUGCCACAGGGAACAGCAUCCUUGGAAAGAAAGCAUUUCAUUCCAGCAUUGCAGCAAAAUCCAUCACCAAGGUCUGUGAGAAAGGGAGCAGCACAUGGAAUGGGAGAGAAAUUGUCGUUGUGGACACACCUGGCAUUUUCGACACAGAGGUAAAGGAUGCUGACACACAAAGAGAGAUUGCUAAUUGCAUCCUCCUGACCUCCCCUGGGCCUCAUGCUGUGCUCCUGGUAAUCCCGCUGGGCUCUUACACAAAGGAAGAACAAAAGGCUGUGGAGAAGAUGUUGUCAAUGUUUGGAUCCAAAGCUAGGAGAUACAUGAUUCUCUUAUUUACCCGGAAAGAUGACUUGGAAGACAUGGAGUUCCAGGAUUACUUAAAGGAAGUUCCAGAAGCUUUUCAAGAUCUGAUGGAGCAGUUCAAGGAUCGUCACUGUGAGUUCAACAAUAAGGCGACAGGGGCUGAGCAGGAGGCUCAGAGGACACAGCUGCUGGACCUGGUCCAGCGCGUAGUGAUGGAGAACCAGGGAAGAUGCUACACUAAUAAAAUGUACCAAAGGGCCGAAGUCGAGAUUCAGAAACAGAUUCAAGUGAUACAAGAACAAUAUACUACUGAGCUGGAGAGAGAGAAAAGGCAGUUAAGAGAGGAGUAUGAAGAGGAAAUUAGAAAGCUGGAAGAUAAACUGGAGCGGGAAAAGAGAAAGAAAGAAAUGGAGAUGAAAUUUAAAGAAAAGGAGAAUUACUAUUCCUCCAGGCAGCAAAGUGCCCGAAGUGAAGCUGAGAGUCAGAAAGAUAUACUGGACAUAAUCUUGAGAGUAUUAAAGAUUGCUUCCUUUGUUUUCUCAUUACUGUUCAAGGAAGAUUAAGUUAAUGAAAAUCUGUCUAUGUUUCCUGCAU